GCCCGCCGCCCGCCGCCCGCCGCCCACCGCCCGGGCCCAGGCUGCGGCUGCGGCUGCGGGCGCGGAGCGCGCGGCGCCCAUGGAGUGUUACUACAUUGUCAUCAGCUCCACGCGCCUCAGCAACGGGCACUUUCGCAACAUCAAGGGAGUUUUCCGCGGCCCUCUCGGCAAGAACGGGAACAAAACUCUGGACUAUGCUGAGAAAGAGAACACCAUUGCCAAAGCUCUGGAAGACUUGAAGGCUAAUUUUUACUGUGAACUCUGUGACAAGCAGUACUAUAAGCAUCAAGAAUUUGACAACCACAUUAAUUCAUAUGACCAUGCUCACAAACAGAGGCUCAAAGAACUGAAACAAAGGGAAUUUGCUCGAAAUGUAGCAUCUAAAUCCAGGAAAGAUGAAAGAAAACAGGAAAAGGCCCUCCAACGCCUGCACAAGCUGGCCGAGCUAAGAAAGGAGACUGUGUGCGCUCCUGGAAGUGGCCCCAUGUUCAAGUCAACAACUGUUACAGUGAGAGAAAAUUGUAAUGAAAUUUCCCAAAGUGCUGUGGAUUCAGAUAAUAACCAACAAGAUCCCAAAUGUCCUCUGAUUCAGAGCGAAGAGAAUACUAAAGAUGUCACAGUGGCUGCAGAUCCUGAAAGCACAAACUGUACAGCAAAAAAGAACCAACUUGUGUACCAAACCCAGGGGAUUCACAGACACAAAAUUGGCUUCUCUUUUGCAUUUCCAAAGAAAGCACUGGUAAAGCUGGAGUCCUCUGCGUCAGCUUUCUCAGAAGGCAACGAUGAUGCCUCGGUGGGAAAAGAAUUUAGCAGAAAAAGUAGGUUCGUUCCCAGUGCCUGUCAUCUCCAGCGAGCUUCGCCAACAGAUGUGCUUUUGAGUUCUGAGGAGAAAGCUAACUCUUCUCAUCCAGCAGAGGCAACAUGCACUGACAAAGAGGCUGCUCAGUCUCAGGAGAUGAAAGAAGUCUCUGGAGAAAAAGACAUGCUUAUAUUGCCUUCAUUUUGCCAGGUACAACUACCUUUAUGUGCUGAUGUAGACAAUUGCAAAAAUGCACUCCCACUAGCAGAUGGAAUCUCUCUGGAAGAUAUUAUUGUUAGUGAUGAGGUACCGGUGAGUGGUAACAGUUCUGAACAGUUAGAGAACAGAUCUACAAUUCCUGAUAUGUCUACUGAUGGUAUAUCUGUGCAACGUACUGCAGAGGAAAAUCUUAAGAACAAUGAUGCAACCAAAAUUGAACCUGAAAAUAAAAAUGGCCUGGAGACACUGGCCCCUACACUUACCGAAGUGGAGAAUAUAACCUUAUCUAAAAAACCAGAUCUAUAUAAAAGACAGUCUGAGCCAUUUGUUCCUGUACUUAAUAAACAUGGAUCAACAGUUCUGCAGUGGCCAUCGGAAAUGCUGGCUUACACAAGUACAGAACCAUCAAUUUCCUAUAGCUGUAAUCCUCUCUAUUUUGACUUCAAGUCCACUAAAUUAAACAAUAAUCCAGAUAAAGAUAAACUUCCUUUAAAUGAUCUGUGUUCUCAACAGAAGGUGGAAGACCUUUGCAAGCAACCAGUUUCAGACUGCAGGGACCUCUCUGUGGCAGGAUUCACAGAGAGUGAAACAGGUGGCCCAGAAAAUGAACACACACCAAGCACUCCUGUUUUGCCAGCCAAUAUUCUUUCCAAUCUAUGUGACUCUGGAAAAAGUGAGACUAUGUGUCAGAGGCUUAGAAAUAUUUCCUGUAGAUUGAGGAAAACAGGAACAUGCAACUUCACUAAGAAUCACAGAAAACAAGACCCUGUAGAUGAGAACUACAACAAAAGCAGGUGGAAGGAUACUCACGAGCACUGGUUCCAUAAAAGUAGAAGAAAGAGAAGAAGAAGGUUCUGUCAGCAUCGUCACCAUGGGGAGAAAACCAAAGAGGAAACUCAGUGCAAAAUGGAAAUGGAUAAUAAUGUCACCGAGGAAACUCAGAAAGCUUUACUGGAAACAAUUUCCGAAAAACAAAAUGCAGUUGCAGAACCUUCAUUAGAGUCACAUCAUUUACCUGAUAAAAGGCCUAUGUCAGCAACUGAGUACUUAAAUGAAAGUGAAAAAGUGGGUGAAACCUGGAAGACUGACUGCAGUAAUAAUGAUCCUCUCAGUCCUAAAAACUGCAAAAAGGACAGAAUGCUUUUCAGUGGACAAUCAAAUCCAACACCGAUACAUUCUGGGAAGCAUAACUUAACGUACUCCAGAGCUUAUUGUUGUUGGAAAGCCAGACUGUCCAGCUACAGUCAGGAUCACAGAUUCUUAGUUCUUCCAAAUGACACAAAACACAUGAGUCAGAAUCAGCCUCUGAAAAGAGGUUACAAUUCUCUCACGAAGGAAUCAGAACGAUUCCACCGAAAACGCAGACAACAUUCACAGUCUUACUCUUCAGAUGAAAGUUUAAACAGACAGCAUUAUUUACCAGAAGAAUUGCUGAGACCAGCAAGUGCUUCCUUUGCUCCUUGUAAGCCUAAAAAGAAACGAAGAAGAAAAAGGAGCAGAUUUCACACGGCAGGUGAAAACUCGGAUGUUCAUGGAAAUCCAAGUUAUUCAGAGGAAAGAAGUUCCUUAAAUCACCUGGGUGGGUUCACAGGUGAAGACAAAAAAGAAGGCAUGAAACCACAAGAAGCUGCAAAUGUUGAAAGGAACUCAGAACAAACAGUCCAAGUCAAAGACAAAUUGGCUUUAGAGCCUAACAGCCUCCUUCCUUCUCAAAGUGGUGGUGAGGCUGAGCAGUUAGUGAUGGAGACCAGCUCGAAUGGAUGCUCAGAGGUCUCCAGUGAUCCUAUCGUGGCUGUGCAUGAGGUUCCUCCCCCAACAAAAGAAGCAGUCAACAUCACCUCUCUUGACUGCAGCAAAAGAAGUGAGACCACAAAUAUGAAUGAAAAGCAAAUUCCUUUCAAAAUGCCUAAUAUUGAAAGGAACUUUAGACAGCUGCAGCCCAAGUCAUACCUUUGCCACUAUGAACUAGCAGAGACCCUUCCACAAGGAAAGCUGAAUGAGCCCUCAACAGAGUGGCUGUGUUACAAUUCAGGAAUCCUUAACACGCAGCCACCACUACCAUUCAAGGAAGCACACGUCAGCGGUCACACAUUUAUCACAACUGAGCAAAUCCUGGCUCCUUUAGCUUUACCAGAGCAAACGUUAUUGAUCCCACUGGAAAACCAUGAAAAGUUCAAACAUCUACCUUGUGAGGUCUACCAGCACAUUAUACAGCCCAACGUGCUGGCCAACAAGGUCAAACUCAGCUUUCCUCCUCCAGCUCCCCUUCCACCACCGCCCGGAACCCCUCUGCCACCUCUGCCUCUGCAGCAGCCUUUCUGUUCUACCUCUGUAACCACCAUCCGUCACACUGUGUUGCAGCAGCAUGCAGCCGCGGCGGCUGCUGCGGCCACAGGGACCUUUAAAGUGCUUCAGCCACACCAACAGUUUCUUUCCCAGGUCCCAGCCCUUUCCAGAACAUCUAUACCUCAGAUCUCAGUGGGACCAGUGGGACCGAGGCUCUGCCCUGGGACCCAGCCCACCUUUGUGGCUCCUCCUCAGAUGCCCAUCCUUCCAGCCUCAGUGCUUCAUCCCGGCCACCUGGCUUUUCCACCCAUUCCCCACGCACUCUUUCCUUCCCUGCUCCCUCCACACCCGACUGUCAUCCCUCUGCAGCCUCUCUUCUAGUCUUCACCAUCAAGGGGAAAGCUAAAGCUGGGGUGGAAGCUUCCUGCCUAGGUGUUCAUCUGAUAUCUGGCUAUUCAAGUGGUGGAAAUAAACUGGCCUAAGUAUGGCCUUAGUGAUUUCCAGUCAUUUACUGUAAGUUUAAGGAUGAAAAUAAAUUCUUAUGUUAGGAUAUAUACUAUUGCUAAAGCAACACAUAGUUUGAAAAUCAAUACAAUAUCUGCUGUAUAUUAAAAUGAUGUCUUAAGAGUAUGUAUAAUGUACAUACACUAUAUUUAUAGUACUGUAAUUUAUGUUGUAAAGUAUGCGCCUUGGUUUUUUUCUAAUCUUUGUGUAUUUGCAUCUAUUUAAUGUUUAGACAAAGCUGAUGGCACUAUGUUUUGUACCUUGUUCCUUGAAACUGUAAAUUCGGUGAAGAAUACCUUGCAAUAAAAUUUUUGUUAACUAUUUAAGUACAGUAAA